AUAACGUAAACUGAAAACCAUAGCUAGUAGCUUCGAGAGAAGAAGAAGAAGAAGAAAAAAAAAGAUGGCUUCCGCUAUAGACUACGAAAUCUCCGGCAUAGCCCUCCUCCUCCUCCUCUGGGUCGGCUGGGCAAUGACGACGGAGUGCCGCCACCGCCGCCUCGAGCAGCUCGGCCGCCUCCCGCCGGGCCCCCGCCCGCUCCCGCUCGUCGGCAACAUCUUCCAGCUGGGCUGGGCCCCUCACCGGUCCCUAGCCCGCCACGCCCGGGCCCACGGCCCAAUCAUGACGCUCUACCUCGGCUCCAUGUGCACGGUCGUGAUCUCGUCGAAAGAAGCCGCACGCACCAUGUUCAAGAGCUACGACGUCGUGCUGGCUGGCCGGAAGAUCUACGAGUCCAUGAAGGGGCCCAAGAGCCGCGACGGGUCCAUCAUCACGGCCCAGUACGGCCCCCACUGGCGCAUGCUCCGCCGCCUCUGCACCGUGGAGUUCUUCGUCGGGCACCGGCUCGAUGCCACCCGAGCCGUACGGAGCCGGUGCGUGUGCCGGAUGGUCCGGUUCAUCGACGAGGCCAGGGCCCACGAGCCGGUGGUGGACUUGGGCCGGUUCAUCUUCCUGAUGGCGUUUAAUCUCAUAGGGAACCUCAUGUUCUCGAGGGACUUGCUGGACCCGGAGUCCGAGAGAGGGGCGCGAUUCUUCCACCACGCCGGGAAAGUGAUGGAGUUCGCCGGGAAGCCCAACGCGGCGGAUUUCUUCCCCGUUUUGAGCAGGUUCGACCCGCAGAGGAUCCGGAGGAACACUCAGUUCCACGUGGAGCGGGCGUUCGAGAUCGCCGGGGAGUUUAUCGAGGAGAGGUUGGUGGAGAUGGAGAGGACACGUGGCGAGGAGGAGGAGGAGGAGGAGGAGAAGGAUUUCUUGGACGCGUUGUUGGGUUUCCGCGGGGAAGGAGUUGACGAGCCGGCGAAGUUCUCUUCGAGGAUGGUCAACGUUAUUGUCUUUGAGAUGUUCACGGCAGGUACAGACACAACUACGAGCACAUUGGAAUGGGCAAUGGCGGAACUCCUCCACAACCCAGAAAAGCUAGACAAGGCCCAAUCCGAGUUAAGGGCCGUAGUUGGCCCACGGAAGAAACUUGAAGAAGAAGACAUCCCUAGUCUACCGUACCUCAAAGCCAUCAUCAGCGAAACGUUGAGGCUCCAUCCACCAUUGCCCUUCCUCGUCCCGCACAUGGCCAUGCAGCCAUGCAAAAUGCUAGGGUACUACAUCCCCAAAGAGACCCAAAUCCUAGUGAACGUUUGGGCCAUCGGCCGGGACCCGAGCACGUGGCCCGACCCGCAAGAGUUCAAGCCCGAGAGGUUCUUGGACUCCGAUGCGGUGGAUUACAAAGGCCAGCAUUUCGAGUUCUUGCCGUUUGGGUCGGGCCGGAGGAUGUGCCCGGCCCUGCCGCUCGUUUCUCGGGUUUUGCCCUUGGCGUUGGGCUCGUUGUUGAAUGAGUUCGAUUGGGCUCUGCCCGAUGGGCUCAAGGCCCAGGAUUUGGACAUGAGCGAGAGGAUGGGCAUUACCCUUAGGAAGGCUGUUCCGUUGAAAGUGAUACCGAGUAGGAGGUACUAGAGAGUUUUGAGCGAUGAUGGUUCCGAUGCAUCUUUGUAUUGUUGAAGAGGGAUUUAAUUUGCUCGAAUGAGGAAAGCUUCUCCCUCGGGUCAUGUACAAAUAUCAUAUGGUUUUCGUAGGUCGUUUGUAUGUCAUUUCACAAAUGCGUAAAUAUGACUUUUUCUAAGUAGCUGUUGUCUGUGUGUUGGAAUGCACGAAAUUUUUGAUCGAUAUUAAUUUGGUGUGAUGUGAAGUUCCAAGGGCAGUUGUGUUCUCUCAGCCAACGACACCGUCUCAAAUGUCACCAUUUGUCAACCUAGCUUCUUCGGUGGCAUUUUAACAUACGAUACGAGGCAAGCUAUCCGAUCCAAACGAGUCAACCAAUAACAACCGAAACCAUCUAUUGAGUUAUUUAACUCAUUUUGAGUUAUUUAGGUGCAAAUAACCCGUUUGUCUACAAAAGUUAUGAGUUACGUAUACUUGAGUUAAUUUGAAAUAUCUCAUUAAUGAGUUAUUGUCAGUACCUCAUAUGAGUAGUUAUUGUGAAAUAACUCACAUAUGUCAUA